AUGAUUGUUAUAAAUCUUUUUAUUGCUUCGUUUAGUUACAUUGGAUCAUUGACUGGUAUAAAACCAGGUAUAUUUAAUAUUUCAAUCAAUGAACGUAAUAGUCUUAAAUGUGGUUAUAUUGGCCUAAUUGAAUGGAUAUUUAAUAUUAAUCGUAAUCAAUCAUUUAUUACAUUUGUUAUUCGUGAUAUGCUCACAAAAUCUGAUAGUUAUGAUGAAACAGUAAAAUAUUUAGCUGACGUUUCACUAUUAGCUCCAUGUUAUUAUAUUAUUGCUGUGCCGAAAGCUGGACAAGGUGUCAUUAUAACUCGGUCACGAAAUGGACCUGAUGAUAUCAAACUAUUAGGCAAAAAUAAUUGA